AUGGUAAAAAGAAGGACAGGACAAGUUCCAAAGACUCAAAAUAAUGAACAAGAGAAACCCAAAAUACCAGUAAAAGAACAGCCUGAACCAGUUAAAAAAACAAAGAAAGAUAAAAAGAAAUAUCAACCAGAAUUUAGUAUUUUCAGGUUAGAUCAAAUUUUCAGGUACCAUGGAUUCUCAAAAUUUAGAAUAACUUUUGCUGAUAUUGCUUUGUUUACAAUUGUUACUUUAAUAUCUGCAUACACGCACUUUAUAGAUUUUGGAGAACCAAAUCGUGUUGUCUUUGACGAAGUAUAUUUCGGCAACUUCACAAAUUACUAUCAUCGUAAAAAAUACUUCUUUGAUAUUCAUCCACCGCUUGGAAAAGAACUGCUUUACUUUGGAUCAGUAAUAUCAGGAUACAAAGCAGAUCUCAAAUUCUAUUCAAUUGAUUCCGAUUUUCCUAAUGAUAAUAUUAAAUUACUCAGAUUUUGGCCAUCUCUUACUGGCACGCUUAUAACUCCCGUAGUUUACUUAAUGCUUCGUAUCUGCGAUGUUUCGUACAUGUGGGCCACUGCUGGAGCCAUUCUUCCUGCUCUUGACAAUAUGCUUAUUGUUGAAUCUCGUUUUGUCUUAAUUGACGCUUACCUUUGGUUCUUUGCCGCACUUUCGUCCUUAAUGUGCGCUUGCGCCGUCAGAUUUUUCAAACACAACAUAUUAUUUGCAAUUCUCUCAGGAAUUGCAGUUGGAGCAACAACAUCCGUCAAAUUCACCGGCGCUGGAGUUUCAAUAGGUGUUGUCAUUGCGUUUUUCAUGAAUUAUAAUUUCAUUGACGCAUUUGUUAUGAGUUUCCACGCUGCAGUCUCAGGGAUUGUUGUCUUUAUAGGUUCCUUCUAUGUUCACUUCCUAAUUCUCACAAAUCCUGGUCCAGGAUGUGAUUUCAACCGCGAUAUUUGUCGGGCCAUGGAAAAACACGAGUUAUCUCCAAUUGUAGCCACUUUCACAUUGAUCAAAACGAUGCUUGGCUCAAACUUCGCUAUAAAUGUUGAGCAUCCUUAUGCUUCGAAGUGGUGGCAGUGGCCAUUGCAGCUUGGAAAAGGAAAUUGGCUUUGGUUCCACGAGAACAAAGAAUUGUGGACAGUUGGAACUCCCGCUAUUUGGUAUUUCGCUUUCUUUAUGCAGUUUGUCUCUCUGUUUAGAGUGAAAAGCGACAGAUUUGUUAGGGGAUCGAUCUGGAUAUUUGUUACUUAUUUGAUCUCUUAUCUUCCUUUCUCUUUGAUCAAGAGAGUCAUGUGGAACUACCAUUACGCAAUUCCUCUCAUUUUCUCAAUCGAAAUGAGCUGUGUUUCAUUGAGUAGUUUCAACAACAAAUUUGUGAAGUACUUUGUUCCUUUUGUUGUUAUUGUAGCUGCUUUGAUUAACUAUUUGAUAUUGCUUCCUGUUACUAUUGGAUCACCAAUCAACAGCGCUGAAUAUUAUCGCAAGUUCUUCUUUAAUAACUGGCACUACUAA